AUGGGGCCGGGGGCCCGGGGCCGCCGCCGCCGCCGUCCGAUGUCGCCGCCACUGCCACCGCCGCCCGUGCGGGCGCUGCCUCUGCUGCUGCUGCUAGCGGGGCCGGGGGCUGCAGGUGAGGGACCGGGACUUGGCGGACGGGACGGAGAGCGGGGAGGGGGAGUGCUAGGAUCCCCAUGUCCGAGGCUGGGGGGUCCUAGGGGCCAGGGACCAGAGCCGGGCAGGGGCACAGGAGCCGAGGGCUGCGUGCCAGUCUCGGGGGGCGCAGGGACUCAGAAUGGGGAGGCGCAGGGCCCCAGAGGUCCGUGGAACAGGCACCCACGAACGAUCGGGGCUAGAGAUGAAGGGACCCAGGAGUCCGAGACGGGGAGUUCGAGGUGCGGGAAUCGGGACUUCAAGACCGGGGGGCGGUGUACCGAGUCCGGGGCUCGUCCCCAUCCCACCCCCGCCUGGAGUCCUGGGAAGGUUACCUUUGGGGCCGAGGAACCCCAGCCCGGGGAACCCUCACACAAAAGCGCCCCCCGCACCCCGGGCGGGCCGGGCGGGGCGGGGACAAAGCGGGACCUGCGGCGGGUCCUGGACCCGGGCUGCGGGGGCGCCUCCCCCCAGCCGCCAGAGGCCUGGUUGGCGGGGGAGGGGCGCGGGCCCAGGGCCCUGGGCAGGGGUCCCGGGACGAGGCUGUGUGGCUGGGCGCUGGGAGCGCACUCCCUUGCCUGGAUGGAAGCCCGUGUGCUAAUGGAGGUCGCUGCACCCAGCUGCCCUCCCGGGAGGCUGCCUGCCUGCUCAGCCGCUGGGCCGGACGCCCUGCGCAGGGGAGUUCUGCGCCUGGAAUACUGCCGACAGGUGAAUGCGCCCGCGGCUGCCCCGCCCCCCGACAGUCCGCGCUGCGCCCCCGCCCCGUCUCCCCCAAAGCCCAGGCCGUGGGGCGGGGCGCUGGCUGAGGCUGGAACCGGCCUGACCGGUCGGCGGGGGCGCGGGGAGCGGAGCGUGGGAACCCGCCCGGGGCGUCGGGAGGGGGCCAUGCGGAUCGCGCCCUGCCUGGCGGGGGGACCCGCCGUCCUCGGCGCCCGGCGCAGUGCGCCCCCUCCUGGCGCGCGGUGGUGCCCACCAGGCUGGGUGGGUGAGAGGUGCCAGCUGGAAGACCCCUGCCACUCGGGUCCCUGUGCUGGCCGCGGCGUCUGCCAGAGCUCAGUGGUGGCAGGCACCGCUCGGUUCUCCUGCCGGUGCCCCCGGGGCUUCCGAGGUCCCGAUUGCUCCCUGCCAGAUCCCUGCCUCAGCAGCCCUUGUGCCCAUGGAGCCCGCUGCUCAGUGGGGCCCGAUGGCCGCUUUAUCUGCUCCUGCCCACCUGGCUACCAGGGCCGCAGCUGCCGAAGCGAUGUGGAUGAGUGCCGGGUGGGUGGGGGUGGGCCCUGCCGCCAUGGUGGCACCUGCUUCAACACACCUGGCUCCUUCCGCUGCCAGUGCCCAGCUGGCUACACGGGGCCACUGUGUGAGACCCCCGUGGUGCCCUGUGCUCCCUCACCGUGCCGUAACGGGGGCACAUGUAGACAGAGUGGCGAUCUCACCUAUGACUGUGCCUGCCUUCCUGGGUUUGAGGGCCAGAACUGCGAAGUGAAUGUGGACGACUGUCCAGGACACCGAUGUCUAAAUGGGGGGACAUGUGUGGAUGGAGUCAACACUUACAACUGCCAGUGUCCUCCUGAGUGGACAGGCCAAUUCUGCACGGAGGAUGUGGACGAGUGUCAGCUGCAGCCCAAUGCCUGCCACAAUGGAGGCACCUGCUUCAACACACUGGGUGGCCACAGCUGUGUCUGUGUCAAUGGCUGGACUGGCGAGAGCUGCAGUCAGAAUAUUGAUGACUGUGCCACGGCCGUGUGCUUCCAUGGGGCCACCUGCCAUGACCGUGUGGCCUCCUUCUACUGUGCCUGUCCCAUGGGCAAGACUGGCCUUCUGUGUCAUCUGGAUGACGCCUGUGUCAGCAACCCCUGUCACGAGGAUGCUAUCUGCGACACGAACCCCGUGAACGGCCGGGCCAUCUGCACCUGUCCACCCGGCUUCACGGGCGGGGCGUGUGACCAGGACGUGGAUGAGUGCUCCAUCGGCGCCAACCCGUGUGAGCACUUGGGUCGCUGCGUGAACACGCAGGGGUCGUUCCUGUGCCAGUGUGGCCGUGGCUACACCGGCCCGCGCUGUGAGACUGACGUCAAUGAGUGUCUGUCGGGGCCCUGCCGCAACCAGGCCACAUGCCUCGACCGCAUAGGCCAGUUCACCUGCAUCUGCAUGGCAGGCUUCACAGGAACCUACUGCGAGGUGGACAUCGACGAAUGUCAGAGCAGCCCGUGUGUCAACGGUGGGGUUUGCAGGGACCGAGUCAAUGGCUUCACCUGCACCUGCCCCUCGGGCUUCAGCGGGUCCACGUGUCAGCUGGACGUGGACGAAUGUGCGAGCACGCCCUGCCGGAACGGCGCCAAGUGCGUGGACCAGCCCGAUGGCUACGAGUGCCGCUGCGCAGAAGGCUUCGAGGGCCCGCUGUGUGAGCGCAACGUGGACGACUGCUCUCCAGACCCGUGCCACCACGGGCGCUGCGUGGACGGCAUCGCCAGCUUCUCGUGUGCCUGUGCCCCGGGCUACACGGGCACGCGCUGCGAGAGCCAGGUGGACGAGUGUCGCAGCCAGCCCUGCCGCCACGGGGGCAAGUGCCUAGACCUGGUGGACAAAUACCUCUGCCGCUGUCCUCCCGGAACCACAGGUGUGAACUGCGAGGUGAACGUAGACGACUGUGCCAGCAAUCCGUGUACCUUCGGAGUCUGCCGUGACGGCAUUAACCGCUAUGACUGUGUCUGCCAGCCUGGCUUCACAGGGCCCCUCUGCAAUGUGGAGAUCAACGAGUGUGCGUCCAGCCCAUGCGGCGAGGGAGGCUCCUGCGUGGACGGUGAAAACGGCUUCCACUGCCUCUGCCCGCCCGGCUCCUUACUUCCACUCUGCCUCCGCCCGAGCCAUCCCUGCGCCCAUGAACCCUGCAGUCACGGCAUCUGCCACGAUGCACCCAGCGGGUUCCGCUGUGUGUGUGAGCCUGGCUGGAGUGGCCCCCGUUGCAGCCAGAGCCUGGUCCGAGAUGCCUGUGAGUCCCAGCCCUGCCAGGCCGGUGGCACCUGCACCAGCGAUGGAAUGGGCUUCCACUGCACCUGUCCCCCUGGUGUCCAGGGCCAUCAGUGUGAGCUGCUGUCCCCCUGCACCCUGAACCCCUGUGAGCAUGGGGGCCACUGCGAGUCUGCCCCUGGCCAGCUGACUGUCUGCUCCUGUCCCCCUGGCUGGCAAGGCCCACGAUGCCAGCAGGAUGUGGAUGAAUGUGCUGGCCCCUCACCCUGCGGCCCUCAUGGUACCUGUGCCAACCUGGAGGGGAGUUUCAGCUGCACCUGCCACGGGGGGUACACUGGCCCUUCCUGUGAUCAGGACAUUGAUGACUGUGACCCCAACCCGUGCCUGAAUGGCGGCUCAUGUCAGGAUGGGGUGGGCUCCUUUUCCUGCUCCUGCCUUCCGGGCUUCGCUGGCCCACGCUGCGCCCGCGAUGUGGAUGAAUGCCUGAGCAGCCCCUGCGGCCCGGGCACCUGCACCGACCACGUGGCUUCCUUCACUUGCACCUGCCCACCGGGCUAUGGGGGUUUCCACUGCGAGAGGAACCUGCCCGACUGCAGCCCCAGCUCCUGCUUCAAUGGUGGAACCUGCGUGGACGGCGUGAACUCGUUCAGCUGCCGGUGCCGCCCCGGCUACACGGGCGCCCACUGCCAACAUGAGGCCGACCCCUGCCUCUCGCGGCCCUGCCUGCACGGGGGCGUCUGCAGCGCCGCCCAGCCCGGCUACCACUGCGCCUGCCCGGAAGGCUUCACAGGCACCCAGUGCCAGACGCUGGUCGACUGGUGCAGCCGCGCGCCCUGCCAGAACGGGGGUCGCUGUGUCCAGACCGGGGCUUAUUGCCUUUGUCCCCCGGGCUGGAGCGGCCGCCUCUGUGACAUCCGAAGCCUGCCCUGCAGGGAGGCCGCAGCCCAGAUCGGGGUGCGGCUGGAGCAGCUGUGUCAGGCGGGCGGGCAGUGUGUGGACCAGGACAGCUCCCACUAUUGUGUGUGCCCAGAGGGCCGCACGGGCAGCCACUGUGAGCAGGAGGUGGACCCCUGCUUGUCCCAGCCCUGCCAGCACGGGGGCACCUGCCGCGGCUACAUGGGGGGCUAUGUGUGCGAGUGUCCGGCUGGCUACACUGGUGACGACUGUGAGGACGACGUAGACGAGUGUGCCUCCCAGCCCUGCCAGCACGGGGGCUCCUGCAUUGACCUCGUGGCUCGAUAUCUCUGCUCCUGUCCCCCUGGGACGUUGGGCGUGCUCUGCGAGAUUAAUGAGGACGACUGCGGCCCAGGCCCUCCCCUGGACUCAGGCCCCCGCUGCCUACACAAUGGCACCUGCGUGGACCUGGUGGGUGGCUUCCGCUGCUCCUGUCCCCCAGGAUACACUGGUAUGCGCUGCGAGGCCGACAUCAAUGAGUGUCGCUCGGGUGCCUGUCUCGUGGCACACACCCGGGACUGCCUGCAGGACCCAGGAGGGGGCUUCCGCUGCCUUUGCCAUGCUGGCUUCACAGGUCCCCGCUGUCAGACUGUCCUGUCUCCCUGUGAGUCCCAGCCAUGCCAGCAUGGAGGCCAGUGCCGUCCCAGCCUGGGUCCUGCGGGUGGGCUGACUUCCACCUGCCACUGCGUCCCGCCGUUCUGGGGUCCGCGUUGCGAGCGGGUGGCGCGCACCUGCCGGGAGCUGCAGUGCCCGGUGGGCGUCCCAUGCCAGCAGACGGCCCGCGGGCCACGCUGCGCCUGCCCCCCGGGGAUGUCGGGGCCCUCCUGCCGUAGCUCCCGGGGGUCGCCGCCGGGGGCCGCCAACGCCAGCUGCGCAGCCGCCCCCUGUCUCCACGGGGGCUCCUGUCGCCCCGCGCCGCUCGCGCCCUUCUUCCGCUGCUCGUGCGCGCCGGGCUGGGCUGGGCUACGCUGCGAGGCACCCGCGGCGGCGCCCGAGGUCCCCGAGGAGCCGCGGUGUCCGCGCGCAGCCUGCCAGGCCAAGCGCGGGGACAAGCGCUGCGACCGCGAGUGCAACAGCCCCGGCUGCGGCUGGGACGGCGGCGACUGCUCGCUGAGCGUGGGCGACCCCUGGCGGCAGUGCGAGGCGCUGCAGUGCUGGCGCCUCUUCAACAACAGCCGCUGCGACCCCGCCUGCAGCUCGCCCGCCUGCCUCUAUGACAACUUCGACUGCCACGCCGGUGGCCGCGAGCGCACUUGCAACCCCAUGUACGAGAAGUACUGCGCCGACCACUUCGCCGACGGCCGCUGCGACCAGGGCUGCAACAUGGAGGAGUGCGGCUGGGACGGGCUGGACUGUGCCGGCGAGGUGCCGGCCCUGCUGGCCCGCGGGGUGCUGGUGCUCACCGUGCUGCUGCCGCCCGAGGAGCUGCUGCGCUCCAGCGCCGACUUCCUGCAGCGGCUCAGCGCCAUCCUGCGCACGUCGCUGCGCUUCCGCCUGGACGCGCACGGCCAGGCCAUGGUCUUCCCGUACCACCGGCCCAGUCCUGGCUCCGAACCCCGGGCCCGGCGGGAGCUGGCCCCAGAGGUGAUCGGCUCUGUAGUGAUGCUGGAGAUUGACAACCGGCUCUGCCUGCAGUCGCCUGAGAAUGACCACUGUUUCCCGGAUGCCCAGAGCGCGGCUGACUAUCUGGGAGCAUUGUCAGCUGUGGAGCGCCUGGACUUCCCGUACCCACUGCGGGACGUGCGCGGGGAGCCGCUGGAGCCACCAGAGCCCAGCCUGCCGCUGCUGCCACUGCUGGUGGCGGGCGCCGUCUUCCUGUUGGUCAUCCUCGUCCUGGGUGUCAUGGUGGCCCGGCGCAAGCGUGAGCACAGCACCCUGUGGUUCCCGGAGGGCUUCGCGCUGCACAAGGACAUGGCCUCUGGCCAUAAGGGUCGGCGGGAGCCUGUGGGCCAAGACGCGCUCGGCAUGAAGAACAUUGCCAAGGGUGAGAGUCUGAUGGGGGAGGUGGCCACAGACUGGAUGGAAACGGAGUGCCCAGAGGCCAAGCGACUGAAGGUAGAAGAGCCUGGCAUGGGGGCUGAGGAGGCUGUGGAUUGCCGCCAGUGGACUCAACACCACCUGGUUGCUGCUGACAUCCGAGUGGCACCAGCCAUGGCACUGACACCCCCACAGGGUGAUGCAGAUGCUGAUGGCAUGGAUGUCAAUGUGCGUGGUCCAGAUGGCUUCACCCCCCUAAUGCUGGCCUCCUUCUGUGGGGGGGCCCUGGAGCCGAUGCCAACUGAGGAGGACGAGACAGAUGACACAUCAGCCAGCAUUAUCUCGGACCUAAUCUGCCAGGGGGCCCAGCUCGGGGCACGGACUGACCGCACGGGCGAGACCGCCCUGCAUCUGGCUGCCCGCUAUGCCCGGGCCGAUGCGGCCAAGCGGCUGCUGGAUGCUGGGGCAGACACCAAUGCCCAGGACCACUCAGGCCGCACCCCCCUGCACACGGCCGUCACUGCUGAUGCCCAGGGCGUCUUCCAGAUUCUCAUCCGGAACCGCUCCACGGACUUGGAUGCUCGCAUGGCCGAUGGCUCGACGGCACUGAUCCUGGCGGCCCGCCUGGCAGUGGAGGGCAUGGUGGAAGAGCUCAUCGCCAGCCACGCCGAUGUCAAUGCUGUGGAUGAGCUCGGGAAGUCAGCCCUACACUGGGCAGCUGCUGUGAACAAUGUGGAGGCCACCUUGGCCCUGCUCAAAAAUGGAGCCAACAAGGACAUGCAGGAUAGCAAGGAGGAGACCCCGCUGUUCCUCGCCGCCCGCGAGGGCAGCUACGAGACUGCCAAGCUGCUGCUGGACCACUUUGCCAACCGCGAGAUCACGGACCACCUGGACAGGCUGCCACGGGACGUGGCCCAGGAGCGGCUGCACCAGGACAUCGUGCGGUUGCUGGACCAGCCCAGUGGGCCCCGCAGCCCUGCCGGCCCCCAUGGCUUGGGGCCCCUUCUCUGCCCACCCGGGGCCUUCCUCCCAGGCCUCAAGGCAGCCCAGUCGGGGACGAAGAAGAGCAGGAGGCCCCCGGGAAAGGCUGGGCUGGGGUCGCAAGGGGCCCGAGGACGGGGCAAGAAGCUGACCCUGUCCUGCCCUGGCCCCCUGGCCGAGAGCUCAGUCACGCUGUCACCUGUGGACUCACUGGACUCUCCACGGCCCUUUGGUGGGCCACCUGCUUCCCCUGGUGGCUUCCCCCUUGAGGGGUCCUACGCGGCUGCCACCGCCACGGCUGUGUCUCUGGCGCAGCUUGGUGGCCCAGGCCGGGCCGGUCUAGUGCGACAGCCCCCUGGGGGCUGCUUGCUCAGCCUGGGCCUCCUGAACCCUGUGGCUGUCCCCCUUGACUGGGCCCGACUGCCUCCACCUGCCCCACCAGGCCCCUCGUUCCUGCUGCCAUUGGCACCGGGACCCCAGCUGCUCAACCCUGGGACCCCCAUCUCCCCCCAGGAGCGGCCCCCACCUUACCUGGCAGCUCCGGGACACGGCGAGGAGUACCCGGCAGCUGGGGCCCAUGGCAGUCCCUCCAAGACUCGCUUCCUGCGGGUCCCCAGCGAGCACCCUUACCUGACCCCAUCCCCCGAGUCCCCCGAGCAUUGGGCCAGCCCAUCGCCACCCUCCCUCUCGGACUGGUCCGACUCCACGCCCAGCCCAGCCACUGCCACUGGGGCCUCGGCCACCGUCACUGGGGCACUGCCUACCCAGCCACUCCCCUUGUCUGUCCCAGGCUCCCUCGCACAGGCUCACACCCAGCUGGGACCCCAGCCCGAAGUCACCCCCAAGAGGCAGGUGUUGGCCUGAGCCGCUCCCCAGUUCCUGGAUCUUGGGGCUGAAGAGACCCCUCCUCCCACCUCCUUCCUCCCUCUCUAUUGUUAGUGUUGCUUGUUCUCUCCUCUCUGUCACCAACCCUCCUUCACCUCUGCCUGGCAGUGACUGAGACAGGUCACCGCCCAGGGCCUCAGUCUUCCUUAUUUAUAACGGGUGGGGCUGCCCACUCCCCCUCUCAGUCGUGCGAUGAGUCUGGGGUCUCCUCCUGCGCCCACCUUCCCUCUUCCUUCCUUCCUUUCUUGUCUCCUGUGGCCUCUCACUCCUCACACUCUGACACGAGUGAAUUAUUAUCCUUUUUAUUAUUAUUUUUUUUUACAUUUUGUAUAGAAACAAAUUCAUUUAAACAAACUUAUUAUUAUUAUUUUUUACAAAAUAUAUAUAUGGAGAUGCUCCCUGCUCCCUGCAAACCCUCCAGUGCCCCCGUGGGGCUGAGUCUGUGGGCCCACUCGGCCAAGCUGGAUUCUGUGUACCGAGUACACAGGCAUGACUGGGAUCCGUGUACCGAGUACACGACCCUGGUACGCACCAAGUAGGCACCCUUGGGCACACCCUCUGGGGCCAGGGGUUGGGGGAGACUUGGGAGCCUCCUCCCCACCCCACCUCCUUCACUUCACUGCAUUCCAGAUGGGACUUGCUCUGCAGACUUUCUGGGGAAGGGUGCUUCUGGCCUGAGCCCGCCUCCAGGCUUCCACCCCCCUCCCUUGAGCCUGGGCCACCUUCCUUUGGGAACUAGGGGGCAGCUGGCAGGAAAUGGGGGCCAGGGGAGAUGUGUGCAUUUCACUUUAUCUCCCUGUAAAUAGGGGACUGCAGGAAGGGGAGGAGUUGCCUGGGUGGCACUCCCUCCUUCUGGUGUUCGCCUGGCCCAACGUUGUGGCAGAAUAGAUGCAUUUUUAGGCUAUUUUUAUAAUAUGGCUUCUGGUCACAAUCCCUGUGUAGCUGAAUUCCCAGGUCCUGCAUUGUACAGCCCCCACUCCCCUUACCACCUAA